ACAAAACUCAAACAAAUCGAACUAAAAAGGUGAUAUUCGUAAUCAGCACAAAAUUCUGCAUCGGAUGAUGUGUCUUUCAAGGAAAAAUGAAGAGUGCUUGAUUUUUGAAUUAGCGGCACCUUACUUUUUACUCGUAUAUAGACAUUGUCGAUGAUUAAGCACUAGUAAACAAAAUCAUCAUGUCUUAUUCAAUGUCGAUGAUCCUUAUAACAAAGUACACGGUGCUAUAUAAAUUCUCGCCUAUAGUCCAUUUGCAUUACAUUUUAUUAACAGUGCCCAGUUAGUACAAUAUAUUAAAUAUUGUAAAUCAAACAAGUGUACCUCAGUUCUUCAUCUCGAUGGAACGGGUAGUGUGGUCGUUGGUGAUAAACGACGACGAGGAUCCACAAGACAUGGAAUACACGGCAAAUAUUGUCACAAAUUAGAGAUUAUUUCGCUUCUCGUAAUAUGUUGUUGUCAUAAAUGGAUUUGCCAAAAGUUUAUCUACACAAUAUAGGCCACCCGGAUACCGUUCAUCAGUUAUUAAAUGUUUUGCGUUGCUAUUGAAUAAAACAACGCUCACUUUAAUUCUAGAAAGAUUCAAAAAAUAAUUUAUUGUAUUUGAUGGCAAUUGAUUGACUAUUAGUGCUUAGGAAACUUGUUCAUGGUAGUGAUAUACUAGAAUACGAAAACAUAUCAGAAUCUAUUGAAGCUGAAUGUCUUGUCACGAAUGAAGAACAUGAUGAAUACUUAUGAGACAAAGGCACAAUUCAGAAACAAAGGCCAUUCAUAUGUGGUCUUCUUCAAGAAUUGUCAGGAUUAGCUUAUAUUUUGGGUUCAAAGGCAAAAUUCAGCAAUAUUGUUAACCCAUUAUUUUCAUUAUCAAUUAUUAAAACACUGUACCAAUGGUGCGCAUAUGUCCGUUUGUGAACCGACUCGAUGAAGAAUUUUGAAAUGUAAGGAAAACAAAUAUGACCGUUUCACUCAUUUUCUACUACUCAGUUACUAAAGUUCUACUACAGUUCUACUAAAGUUACUUUUCUGAUUCUGCACCUAGUUUUCUUUCCUUCUCUCAAAAAGAAGAAAUAUAGAACGUAAAAAUGUCCAACAACUGGGAGAUUUAUAGAAAGCUAGAAAUUUCUCAGCAGAUAUUACACUCAUUUUAUAGUUCGGUACUUGCCCAUUUUCGAUGUAUGUUUAAAAUGCGUAAUUAUCGCCGUUUUUUCGCAUAUAAUUUUAUUUUCAAUUUCACAAAUGAUAUUUCAAUUUCUUUAACUUUUUCCCGGCUGUUCAGCUCUGUCUCGUCUAUUCUUGGAACUGGAGAUGGAGAGUCUAUCAAUUGUGUAAUCUUCAUGCUCUAGAUACGUUAGUACAAGUAGUCCAGAUGAUAAUGGAAAUAAAUAUGGUUUAGAUGAAACAACAAAAUUUCAAAUGCGGCGGUUAAAUCAUGGUUUAAAACAGUGA